AGAAACAACAAGCCGCCAUUUUGUUUGUGCGGAAAAGACCGUCAGAAACAGGAGGAGAUAACCGAGAGAAGGAGCGACUCCGGCGACCAAAGUCAGCCGCUCCAGGAACCGUCGGGGGAGGAAAGAACUGCCAAAUUUUUGUCCGUGAUAUCAAGCGAGCGAAAGCAUCACAACACGAUAAGACGGCAGUGGUGGGAAAACCGACUGGGUGAUAUUUAUUUAUAUAUAUAAAUAUAUAUAUAUAUAUAUAUAUAUGUAUGUAUACAUAUAUAUGCAUGCAUGAGAAGUAAAUACUCCGAAAAAUCCAAGGAAGGGGGUGUUUUGCGGAGCGGAGACGGAGAGGGGAGGCGGAAGAGAGCGACACAUUACGACGAGGAGAGACCUGCGAAAAAAGGGAGAAAACACCAACAUGAAAAAUCAUUAUGUGUCCGUCGCGGAGGAAGGAAAGAGUCCGCAUAGACAAUUAUAUAAAUAAAUUGCUGCCGGGCAGAAGGGAGAGGUGGAAAGAAAGACUGGUUUAAAGAGAAGGGGGGAAAUUGCCAGGAUCAACGCGAAGGGGGGCAAUCUCCAUCACAAAGAGUCAAUGAGAGGAUUUUUGUCUGCCCAAAAAUAUCUUAUGGGGGUGUCAACAUCAUUGUGCCGAUCUGAAGCUUUCCGCUUCCGAAAUCAUCUUUUCUCAGUGACCCACCGUCAAAUUUUUCGCCUGUCGCCGUGCUGUGCUCCUGUUUUUUGUUAAGAGCUUUCUGUUUCUCGUCUCUUGCUUGGUCAAGACAUCCCAUUGCAGUGAAUGACAAGUGUGUAUACUUCUAUAUUUUGGGGGAUUUUGUUAUAUGCCUGGCGAGAAAUGGGGAGGAACCUCUUCAAGAGCACAAGAUAAGUAACCCCACAGAUUACACAUAAAACUAAUUGGAUAAAUCUGGCUGCCCUCCGAUUGGUAUUGAGCGCUGUGAUUUUCUUAAGAAACCGCAUUAUUCAGGAAGAAAGUGUGCAUCAGAAAUCGACUGCACAAGAGUAGUUAUUUCUGGCGAAAUUUCUCAAUAUUUCAACCUUUGCUACCCCGCUGACUGAAAGAGGCAUAUUCGCGCAAAGGGGGUUGCAACAACCAAAUGUGCAAUACGACUCUCUGCUUUCUGACCCAGUGCCUUGCAUGGUCAAACACAUGCACAUGCAAAAGAAAGCCAAUGUGCAGUAGAGUAUUUGCAAGACUUCUGUGUUUCCAUAUCUGCAGAACUGUCGUCCUAUUUAUUAAGCUACCGUUCAACCAGUGCACAUUAUUCUUUCACAGUGUUGCACUUGAGAGUGCCACUUACACCCGAACUGUAUUUUGAAUCUAUUGCUGGCAGACUGCCUUUUUCAUUUAGAGACGUAAAGGGAUCUGUGGCGUUAAUAUCCCUGAGGUGUUUGGUUAGAUGAGAGAAAACGAUGAUCUCAAAACGGCUGCAUGAGAAAUCGGCAUCCAGAAGUUAACAAGGGGGCUGCUCUCUGACCUGAGUUUUUGGAUCACAGUUGCCAAUUCGUACUCACACAGAGUUAGUCUUCUGGGUUGUUUGAGGCGAGAAGUACAGGCUCUCUCCGCCGACUAUGGCGGGCAGGACUGAGUGCACUACGGAGGACGGAUCUUGGGACAGUUUUGUGUCGUAGAAGAGGCUACAUGAGGUUGUCAGUGGGUCGCACGCUUGCCUUUUUGCCGACUCCACCUUCCCACCUCCUCCUCUUCAAAUCUGUGAAGAAACAAUCUCCGUCAGGGGAGGGGGAUUGAUAUCUGCAGAGAGGAAUAAACUGAGAGGGAGAACUGUGAGGGAAGGAGUCCAGCACCGCUGUCUUCUCCCCUACCGUCCCCAAGCGGUGGGGGAACGAUUUCUUAAGGACUCAAGGAGACGCAAAUACGGGAGAUAGAUUUGUCCGCCGUGGAUCUACGGCAUUUUUUUUAAUUCGUCAAAAAUAUGGCUGAUAAUGUCCUGGAGUCCGGCCCGCCUUCAGCCAAGAGGCCCAAGCUGUCCUCUCCAGCUCUUUCUGUGUCUGCAAGUGAUGGAAACGAUUUUGGUUCAUUCUUCGACCUGGAGCAAGACCUCCCAGAUGAGCUCAUCAAUUCCUCAGACCUAGGUCUGACCAACGGAGGGGAUGUCAGCCAACUCCAUACCAGUCUUGGAGGUAUCGGAGGAGGGAUUGGUGUGGUAGGUGGACAGGAUGCAGCUGCAAAGCACAAGCAGCUGUCAGAACUCUUGCGUGCUGGGACACCAGGACAGCAGGGUGGCCCAACUUCCAACAGUACAGCACCCGGGCCUUCCAUGGGGAUGAUGGGUCUUUCCUCUGGUGGACCUCAAGGCCUGCCCCCCCAGGGCCAGCAGCAGCAACCAGGAUUAAUGCAACAGGUUGGCAUGGUUGGAGGAGUGGCAGCUCUAAGUCGGGCAGCUGCCAUGAUGGGUAAUCAGAAGGGCAACACUGGACAGCAGGGGCUGAUGGGGGGGCAAGUGAUGAAUGGUUCGCCAAGAAUGGGUUA